AUGGCAUGCGUCGCGGAGGGCAUUCACCUGAGUUUGCGGUGGUACGGCACUCCCGACAGCGCAAUGGUGCCAUUCUUCGGAAGCGAGAAGCUCCUGAUCGAAGUCUUGGACUCGGAGAAGAACACGCAAACGAUGGUCACGACGCCAAUGCUCAUUGUGCAAGCGCCGAACGGAGAUAGGGUGUGCGUCACAUAUGACGAAGACGAAGAUGACGAGAUGAAUAGGCCAGUCAUGUGA